AUGCUUGGAGACCUUGGACGCAAGGAAGCUGCUGGCACUUGGGACAUGCUUGGAGACCUUGGACUCAAGGAAGCUGCUGGCACUUGGGACAUGCUUGGAGACCUUGGACGCAAGGAAGCUGCUGGCACUUGGGACAUGCUUGGAGACCUUGGACGCAAGGAAGCUGCUGGCACUUGGGACAUGCUUGGAGACCUUGGACGCAAGGAAGCUGCUGGCACUUGGGACAUGCUUGGAGACCUUGGACGCAAGGAAGCUGCUGGCACUUGGGACAUGCUUGGAGACCUUGGACGCAAGGAAGCUGCUGGCACUUGGGACAUGCUUGGAGACCUUGGACGCAAGGAAGCUGCUGGCACUUGGGACAUGCUUGGAGACCUUGGACGCAAGGAAGCUGCUGGCACUUGGGGAGACCUCAGAGGCAAGAAAGCUGCUGGCACUUGGGGAGACCUCAGAGGCAAGAAAGCUGCUGGCACUUGGGGAGACCUCAGAGGCAAGAAAGCUGCUGGCACUUGGAGAGACCUCAGAGGCAAGAAAGCUGCUGGCACUUGGGGAGACCUCAGAGGCAAGAAAGCUGCUGGCACUUGGGGAGACCUCAGAGGCAAGAAAGCUGCUGGCACUUGGGGAGACCUCAGAGGCAAGAAAGCUGCUUUGUACUCGGAGAGACCUCAGAGGUGA